GGCGCACGCGAGGAGAGAGCUGGAAGAAGCGCCGACGUCUCAGCGACAGGCAACUGGAGGAGGAUGUGAAAAUUUGACAUUUGUCAGCGCUGACAGUGAGAGAGAGCAGCAGCAGCAGCUGGAGUCACACACAGGCGGUGCGAGGCCGUGUGAAAACAAACUGCCCGCUUUUUAAUGGUCUGACUUUAAUGGUCUGACGCACAGCUGUCCAUCCGUCCGGUGAGGUGCAGACAGACGCAGGCAGUCAUGAUGGACUCUAUCUUAGACAGUUUAACAGCGGAGAAACUCUAUCCGUCCGGAGGGACCAACCUGUUGGACCUGGAGGAACUCAGCGACGGAGAUUUUCUCACUAAUGUGCCUUUCUCAGGUGACCAGAUGGACGACUUCAGCAGUGAAUUAUUUAACAGUUUCUUCGACGACCAUGUAUUAGAGCGACCCCUACUGGCAGAAAGACCUUCAUUUUUACACAUUGACAUGGACAGCAGCCCAGAUAUUCAAGCAGAGCACAGCUACUCCUUGAGUGAAGACUCAGCCCCCCAGAGCCCAGCCCUGUCAGUCAAAAUGGACCAAGACUCUGAGUUUGAGUGGAGCUUCAGCCAGGACCUAUCAGCUAUCUUGGUGAAGCAGGAAGAGCCUGAUGUUGGCCAAAGGUUAGAUCCUCAGCCUUUGGAAGCCCCGCCUCUCAUAUUAAGCCCCGCCCCUCCACACAGAGGCUCACCAUGGAAACACACGGAGCGCAGUCAAGAGGAUAUGAAGCCCAUUGCUAUAAAAGAUGAACCCAGAGAGAUUGGACAGUACCUCAGCCUGCCCAGCGAUGAUGCUCUCCAGCUGCCGCCCACCCCUCCCAGCAGUAACCACGGCGACAGUGAUGGCUCACUGCCCCCCUCCUCCCCACACCUCCCUCUGCCGCCGUCUUCCCCUCAACCACAACAGAGGCCAGGAGGUCGCGCCUCGUCCUCGUCCUCAUCUUCUUCGGCCAUCUCCUCUUCGCCCCUCCUCACCGCGCCGCAUAAACUGCAGGGUUCGGGACCCCUCAUGCUAACAGAAGAAGAGAAGAGGACCCUGGUUGCAGAGGGUUACCCGGUACCUAACAAACUUCCUCUCACGAAGAGUGAAGAGAAGGCACUGAAGAGAGUCAGACGAAAGAUCAAAAAUAAGAUCUCAGCUCAGGAGAGUCGGAGGAAGAAGAAAGAGUAUGUGGAAUGUCUGGAGAAAAAGGUGGAGAAUUACACAUCAGAAAACAGCGACCUGUGGAGAAAAGUAGAACACCUGGAGACAGCCAACAGGUCUCUCCUACAGCAGCUGCAGAAGCUUCAGUCGCUGAUUUCAGGGAAGGUCCUCCCCCGUUCGUGUAAAAUGGCCUCAACUCAGACAGGAACAUGCCUCAUGAUGAUGGCCCUGUGUUUUGUCUUGGUGUUGGGCUCCUUCUCUCCCUGCAUUUCUCCCCUCUCCCUGGUCACUCACACCUCCUCUUUGCCCUCCUCCCCUGCUUCUUCUCAGUCCUCCCCCGCUUCUUCUCAGUCCUCCCCCUCUUCUCAUUCUUCUCCAUCUGCGGACCUCUACACCACCAGUCAAGUCCGCUCCCGCAGCCUGCUCUUCUACAACGAAGAGGCUCCACUGGAGGAGAGUUUAGUGACAUCAGAAGGAGAGAGGCUACAGUCAGAAGGCCACUCCCACAACCAGAUCAGCCGAUACACAGCUGACGGCCACAGCAACCAGACAAGCGGGUCCAAGAUAGAGCGGAGAGAAACAAAACCAGAUGGAGUCUCUGAGUUUUUCUGACACAGCUCAACCUCUCCUCAUCUAACUUCUCAGCCCUGAAUCCCUCCAAAGCACCCCGAUGCUCCAGGUUGCUGAAAUCAACAUCCAGCUGGACCAAAAAACGUUUUUUGUUAGUUUGUUAGAAAAUCCAUUAUCAUCAUCUCCUCUAGUGAGCUUUGAUUAAGGCUCCCAUCCUACACCUCUGUUACCAUGCCUUUAUCUACAGCUUCACUUCUCUGCUUUAACAGACUCUGUUGUACUUGAAUGUUCUCGAUUUUAAAUAGACCUUCGUGCUGGAAUCUCCAUUGUUAUGCACAAAAAAGAAUCUUGCAUCACUUUAAAUACUCAACUAAUCUUUUUUUUAUAGUUAGUUAUUAAAAAAUAGUUUAUAACCCACAAAACAUUAAAAACACAGUCGCCUUACUAAACUUUAAAGAACCUGCAGUCAGAGCUUAUAGAUUUGAUUGGCUUAAACAGGCCAUGAGCACAAAAUAGCCACAGCUGCUAAAAUGAAAGGCGUAUAUGAGCCACUUAUGUUGUGAUCAUGCGUAAAGACCUUUUGUGUUACUUUGUCAGACAGCCCUAAAGAUGACCAUCUAAAACAGUUGUUUCCUGUUUCCAGAAAUAUAUUUAAUUCCUCCCCAAAACAAAUGAAGUGUAGCAUUCCUGUUCACAGCAAAGCAACACGGUCUUUUUGCAAGAGCAAACAGAAAGAAUUAUGGGAAUGUGGCUGAAAGAAAUGUUUAAAAAAAGGCAGUGCACAUUUAAAAACAGUGAAAACUUGAUUGACGUCCACUGUGGGAUUCUAGUUUUUAUCAUGUAGUUCUUGUCCAAGAUGCUCCUGAUGUACCACAUUAGGUUGGUUAACAAAGCACGAAGGGCUGCAUCUGCUUAAUAUGUCAUCAGUGUGUAGAUUUAUUAAUUAACAUGCAUUUAGAAAUAGUAAUUUUUCCACAGUCUGUUGUGUUUUUAGGUCAUCUCUCCUCUGCUCUCUGUUUCACCGUAUACAUGAAAGCCCCUCCUGUACACACAGAGUGGAGCAGAGCAGUUGACCUAAAAGGAACAUUUGUAAUAGGAAACACAUUUAAGCCAAGUGUGAAAUAGAUAACAGCAUGUGUAAGCACCAACACAAACUAGGCAUCAACAUAUGCUUUUGGAAGCCGUGCCAUUCUGAAAGUGCCUUCCACUUCGCUCGGUUGAAUAUGACCAACUUGGCCUUACACCUAGUCCCGCAUGGAAACACAGACCUGAAAAUGUUCCUCUAACUAAACUAUUUGUUUAUUCUGUUGCAGAAAAUGGAUGAAUCAUCUUUUUUAAUCUGGGUGAAACCUUUUUAUUUCACAUUCCUUUACGCAUUUGAGAUCACAAGAGUCACAACUUGUUUGACAAAGAUCUCUCUUACAGAUCAAAAAAAGUUUAGCUUAGCGCAAUCAACACAGGGUGUGGAUCUUUUAUCUGGCUUUAAGAAAAAAAUCAUUUGCAUUACGCUUCAGCUUUUUUACAUCUGACAUUUGAAUUAUUUUUUCCAGCUCUGACCAAAAUUCUGCUCUGUUUCUUUUGGGAGAGAGAUCAUAUUUUCAUACCGAGGGAUCAUAAAGAGGUUGGGGAAACAUGACAAAAGUAUUUUUAUGAAAUUAUAAAAUGUAUAUGUAAUAUAUUUGCAGCAUUAAAAAAGAGCAUAUUUAAUUUAUGCAUCAAAAAAAAAAGUUACUUUAUCUUAUUGUCUCCAUUUUUUUAAAAUAAUGUUUUAAAAAAAGCAUAAAAAUACAACUUAUAAUAUAUUCUGAGCAUCAAAAAAGAGCAUAUUUAUUUUAUGCAAAAAAAAAAAGGAAACGAGGAAAUAGUGCUACGUUGUGUUUUGGCAUUUAGGAUGAUGUAAAGUUUUACACGCUGAUUCAUCAGGUGUAAAGCUUUGACAUGAUCUGUUUCUGUCUUUUAACUGUAAUACAGUGUUUAUGUUCCACUGCUGUCGCAUGAAAAUCUCUGAGGGUUCCUCCCAGUAAUUUGACCAAAAAUAAUCUCCAGAAUAUAAGAAAACAAAAUAUUUGGGAAAAAAAGGUUUAAUUUCUAUAUAUUUUUUCUUUUUUUGGUAAUGAAAUGUAAAAAGUAAACUUUGAAUAAACAACACAAAAAGUAUACCAAUCCUGAUAUAAAAAUGUGGUCGUGCGACAGCAGUGUAUGUUGUAUUUAUUCCUGUUUGUAGAAAGUUUGUAUAUAUUGAUGAAGCCAUUUAAAGGACUAAUACAUUCCAGGCAGUAAAACACCACUAGUUUUGUUAAUUACAUAACUUGGUUGAAAACUGACUAAAAAAAAAAACCUUAUUAUAUCAUCACCACUAUUUUGACAAGGUUCAAGAAACAGUGAAAAAAAACACCCUUAAUGACUGGUAUUCCUUCAAAAUAAAAGCCUUAUCCAUUAUUCAAAUCCUUUAAGAACGUUCUGCCACUUCAAAAUCAAUUUUAAGCGCCAAACAUUUAGCUACCACAGAUUUUCUGCUUUUCUUACUCACGUCGUCUGUAUCCGUUUCACUUUGUGACUGUUUCGUCAUGCCGCACAUGCUCCAAAAAAAGAAAAAAAGAAGAAAAUCAUGUGACUGCAGCCUGUCAUUUUCACCCGUGAGUCUUAAUGCACCGAUGUACAUAAAAAAAAAAGACAACUUAAUGUGCAGUUGUUGUAAAUAAGGGUCUUGUUUUUGUAUUGUGACAUAGUCCAAGAUCUUAACCUGUGGAAUCUAAUGGGGAAAAGAAAAUUAGCGGGGUGGGAUUUAAAAAAAGGAAUAAUGGGGCGGGUAAUUUUUUUCAACUUGUAAAGAAACCUGGAUGACGAAACAGCUGCACACAGUUUGAAUAGUUGUAAAACACCAGGAGGUGCUUGAUUAUUCCAAUCACUCCAUGAAUAUUUGGAAACUAUUUGAAUGUCCUGAGAGAAUAAUCAAGCAUUUCCAGAGUGUUCAGUUAUUUGAAAUGUGUAUGGAUAUGUCACCUUGGUUUGCUGUAUAGCGUCUUGCAUGUUCCUCCAUACAUAAAUAUAUAAAUAUAUCUACGUUAUCUUAGUAUAGUCAGUAGAGUAGAAUCCAGCAAAAUAUUAAAAAACUGCAUCAGCAA